AUGCAGUCCCGGUUUAUUUCUCCCGUAUAUGGUCUCGAAGUUGCGGUUGCAGGAUGCGGAGAGUUCCAGGGAAUUGAGGGCAGAAUCAACACAUACAUCCGUCGGCGCUAUGGAGAUGAUGCGAUCGCUUUCAGUCACACCGUCAUGGAUGGCGAGGUGUAUAGUGUUGUUCUCAAAGACUGGCCUACCACAUCGCGACUUCUCUCUGACCCCUUUGAACUUCUGUCUGAUGCAUCCAUUCCUCGCUUCAUAACAAUCUCACAGCCAAUCCUUCUUUACCUCCUCAAUAGCGCAGGCGUGCCCACUAAUCCUUCCUACCUUCAAUGCUCCUCUUCGGCAACAUCCACUGAUCAGCGCUACUUUCAGGCUCAAAUCGAUGCGCUGCGACAACAAGGCGUCGAAACUGUUCACACGUUCUCACAGGUGCUCUCCGAGCAGCACGACAUCAUCUCCAAGCUGCGCUCUCAGAAUCAGCAUGUUCUUUCUGCAGUGUCCAUGGUCGCAUCCUCGGUACACCUGUCGAGUCAAUUGUCUUCUCUCGAUAAUGGCCUGGGCCGAAUGGAAGACAGGCGCGAGCGACUUCAUGACAAUAUGGCCUCCGCUACCACUCCCGAGGCUUGUUGCGCCAUCCAAUCGCGCCUAGAUCAUAUCGAUGAUGACAUCCAUCAAUACGAGCAUCAGGUUAUUGCACAGCGGCGGUCCUUGCAAGCGGUCUCCCUUCAUGUUGACACGACACUGCAACUUCCCCCGACACCAGCUGCAGAGCCAACACUGAUGCCCAUGGAGCACCCUCGCCCAGCCCCAGAGCCUGGUGAGGAGGACCGAUAUCAUGCCCGGCAGCGCACUUCGACAACUGAACAGCCACCUGAAUCUAAUGAGAUGGAAACAGAAUUGCUAGCGGCUGUGACUAAUACUAUUUCUGUGCGGCAGCCUCAUGUCUGGGUAUUGAAUGAAAUCAAGUCUUCCCAAUCCCACGCCUCGCGAGUGCGCAUCCACGGAUACAGUACGUAUGAAGAACCUGGUAUCCCCAUACCCGGUACACAUUCAGGAAAAUGGGGAGUCAUUGUCGGUGUAAAACGCACCAUCCAUGCACAACGCCUGCCCACUCCACCCUCCCUUCGUGGCCGAGCGGUGAUCCUUGACCUUAUUCUACCUACUACCACCGGUCGAGGAUUCUUCCACCGCUUCAUUGGGCUCUAUGCACCUUGGGACCCAGGGAAUAAUGACAAUGACCUCUCCUCCUUCUGGACUUCGAUAUCCACCCUAUGUCGAGAUGCUCCAUACUCAUGGUGUAUUAUGGGAGACUGCAAUGCCUCGCUAACUGCACAGGAAACUCUCUCUCCAUCUCCAAUCCUUCCCCCCUCUCGACUCUUCUAUACAACAUUUCUCCACGAUGUCCAUGCAAUCGACCUGUGGUCUCUACAAGGUGAUGCAGAUGCUCACUCUAUGUACACCUUCAAGAACCACCUUGGCCAAUCAAUCAUUGACCGAGUUGCCCAUUCAACACAAGGAUUUCUCAAUGGCUCCGUCGCGACUAUGAACACCUUCAUCCCUGCUACGGAUCAUCGCCCAAUUACUGCAUCAAUGGUUCUGACUCCUCCCCUUAUGCAUGCAGCAUCACUGCACCUUCCCGACUCACUACCACCACCCGAUGUCCCUCCCAGGCAUUACUAUCCUCGGCGCCACGAGAAACACCACUUCCGCACUUAUGCUGACAAUGUUGAGCAGCUAGUCCAUGCUGAACACCUUGAUGACCACGACAUCUCCGAUGAUGACUCCUUUCAAUUCUGCUAUGAUGCACUGACCCGAAUUUUCCAUUCCGCAGCUGAUGAUGCUUUUGAACUACCUUGUACCCGAAUGCAACAUGUGCACCCCUUAUCCAGUCCUAGCUUGCGCCAACUUGUAACUGAGAUUUGCUGCAUCAAUUGCCUCAUCUCCGCUGAACGUCAAGCACGAAUUUCGUUACUCGCUGCAUGCGCUCCCUGGGCCUCUACCUACCUCUGCGCUUUCUCCUUCACCCAACACUCCGACGCCCCAACUUGUCAUUCACUACUGGCAUUCCUCACCUCCAUACGGCACACACUGAAUAAGCUCAGAUACCGUGAAGAACACAAGGAACUUCAACGUCGUGCCACCCAAACAGCGAAGCGGCAGAUCAAUAGCGUCCUCCUAGGUGGAUCAUCGAAGAAGCUCUAUCAAACGGCUCAUGACACCUCUGGUCCCCCUCUCGCUGUGACACCAGAUGAUGACCCAGACUCUUUCAUCACGGCACCAGAUGCGGUAAAGAUGCACACACAAGCUUACUUUAAUGCUCUUUUUUCCCGACAGCAACGACCACCAAUGGCCAAACCAUGGCUUGACACUCCAUCCGUGACAGAUAUUCGGCAGACCACUGCAGCUGAUCCAUUCCACUGGCCACAGACUAUGUCUCUCAAUGAUCUCCGCCUCCUCCUCCACCGUGGCAAGCCUCGCCCAGCUCCUGGACCUGACGGGUGGGAGAAGUGGUGUGUAAAAGCACUUCACGACUCGUCUCUCCGCCUCGUCCUCAACCUCUUGAACUAUGAAAUUUCACAAUCUCAUAUUCCUAACAUUGUCAAACCAUGCACGCUCUCCAUGCUGUUCAAGAAUGGACCACGCACAUGCCUCUCCAACUAUCGCGGUGUCUGCUGCAACAACUUCCUGCUCAACACUCCUUUUGCAUGGCUCAAUCUCCGACUCGUGCCAUACCUAGUGCAACACCGCAUCCUCCCAGAAGGACAAGUUGCCACUCAGCCCGGCACUCAAGGACGCGACCUUACCUCCUUCCUCUCCCAAUUGGAAUGUUGGUCCAAUCGCACACGCACUCCCCUCUAUAUUUUACGUCGUGAUCAACAAAAGGGAUUUGACCACCUGGAACCACAAGGAUUUUACGAUGCUGUCACUGCAUACGGUCUUCCAUCUUCACUUGUCCAAUUUGACAUUUCGGCACAGUCUGACGUUCCCUAUCGUAUCAAGACUGCAUUCGGCCUUACAGAACCGAUUGUUAUUUCCGGAGUAACCAAACAAGGCGGUCCUGUCUCAUCGCUCAAAUCUACCCUCACGACAAGCCUUGGCAACCACUGGCUACAGGACACCCUGCUUCAACACCACGAUGGCAUUAUUGUCUCCUCCACACAGCAUCGUGUGAACAGACCGCACAUUCCCGACAAUCGCCUCACACUGCGCAUCGCCAUGGUGGAAGCAACAGAUGACUCCGCCAUCAUUGCAACCUCUCAAAAUUCCCUUCAACGCUCCUGUCUCAUGAUGGAGCGAUUUCAGGUUGUAUACGGUUGGCUAACCAACUGGCUAAAGUCUCUUCUCUUCCUUCUCAACGUUUUGAAUGCUCCCCCUCUUAUGCGCAUGCCUUCUAUCUCUCCCUUUCAGCCUGACUCCGACCUUGUUAUCUGGCAUGAUGUUCGGGUUGUCACUUCACAUAUUGAUUUCCUCCGUGUCUGCAUAAAUGACCCGCAGCAUCAGUAUGAGAAAAUCCGUGAUAUUAUCCUGACCUUUGACCUACCCAAUCUUUUCCUGCGUCUGCCACUAACCGCCCUCCGGCGUAUCUUUUCACAGUGUCUACUAUCUCGAAUCCGCCCCCACCUCGCCUUCCAACCAAUUUCCCGUCGACAUGCAGCCCAACUCGAUCAUCUUCUUGCCUCAUGCAUACACCAUUACUUCUCGUUUCCCUUUCGCUUCAACUCCCAACUCCUCACUAUCCCCAUUCGCCACCAUGGUUUUGACUUUCCCUCCAUCGCUCGUCUCAAUGACUGUGCAGCCAUUACGGGCCUGCUACGUGACCUCAAUCACCACAACCCCACCUUCCGCAAUAUGGCGCGCAUCACCCUCGCUGACUGGACAUGCACAAUCAACCACUGCCAAUUUUCACUCCACCCACAAUCCCCUCAACGCUCCUUCGCACGUCAGACUCGCAACCUCCCAUCCUCCUGGAUCGUCGCCUACUCCGUACUCUCCGAUCUCAACCUCUCCAUCCAGAUGACAGAUCAAUCACAUCUAUAUUCCGGUGAUGUAUCUCUCCGUCAUUUGCUUAGGCUACUACCCCCUUCCUGUCAUUCACCACGCCCUUCCAUGAUUUCUAACCUCGAACGUGCGGGACUCACACACCUAUGUGAUAUUGCUUCGUGGCCCCUGCUCUCUCUCGAUGCCCUUCCACCCCUUCCACUCACUCUCCGCCCUCAUCACCAUUUGAGCAGCUUACUCCGCUUCACGCCCGCGGCACCUGAAUGGCACGCGAUGUGCGACUGGUUAAUGUCACUAACCCUCCCACAGCUUACGGCGGCACCCUCUCCAAACACCCGUGAUUGGACACUCACCCUACCUCGACCCAUGCGGCAAUCCUUUGCGGAACAUGUCCUCUAUGCCUUCUUCCUCUCAUCAUUCCUCCCCAAAUUCCCCUCCACAUCCAUGUCAUGUGCCUCCGAUGGAUCCAUGGUACCAGCUGCACCGACCUUUCGCCAGCCUCGUUCUGUAACCUUCGCCACUGCCAGCCCUUUUUCCACCACUGUAUGGUCCCUAUUGACCUUCCGUAAUGCAGCCUCCAUCCUCUAUGCCGAAGUCUACGGCCUUGUCGCAGCAUCCCUGCAAGCACACUCUUUUCCACUACCGCCAUCUCCCCCGCUUUACACUGAUCAUCUCAACUCUGUUCGCAUUAUUAAUGACUCCUUAUCCACCUCCUCCCCGCUCCUCCCACAUCACUGGGCAUCGCUUCCAGCCUGCUCCCUUUACCGAUGGCUCAAAACCAUCCUCACUACCUUCCCAUCCUCCUGUACACCAGCAGUAACCUACACAGCUGUGCACACCUCCUCCGACACACCACCGUCUCGUGCCAAUGCGUUCGUUGAUGCUAUUGCUUCACAGUCUCAUGAUCUUCCCUUACCUACUCCUCCUAUUCCCACUUUUUCCAUGGACGACUACACCUUAUUCUCUCCCUAUGACGGAUAUAUUGAAUCCUCUCCCACCACUUAUAUCUCACACGCCCUCGUCACUGCUGUUGUCCAAGACCGCUCGUUCAAACCCCUCCGCAACAUUGUCCUGCCCCUCUACAACUCUCAGCCACCGCUGGACUACCCCUACACAUGCGCGUCAUCAGCCUAUUCCGCACUCGUGCAACUAUAUGCUCGGUGUGGACAGCUUGACACUGCAUCUCUUCGAUCCGCGCGCUUCGGCGAUACAUCAGAGUGGUGUCACUUCGGAUGCCCCGUGCUGGAGACCCCGUAUCACAUAUUCGUGCAGUGCCCUCGCUUCAACCACUUGCGUGCCGAUGCUCACCGCGAUGUCAUUUCGGAGACGUCCAAGCUUCUGACCGGAGCUGAAACCAACCGACAAAUCAUGGAGGUCAUCCUGCACAGCGCUGCAUCACUCUUCGUGGACCACGAAGCUUGGCCGCAAUUCACAUCAUACUACUACCUGGGCAUUGUACCAAAAAUUCCCGCUCUCCAGCCAUCCAGGAAUCCGUCGCACCAACGCCUAUCCGCACAUAUCACGCACACAUGGCAUACCUCCAGCAUACACCUCGCAGGCAGAAUAUGGGGGGAAUACAAACGAUGCAUGUCUACAGCAUGGCGUACGGCCAACUCUGAUGUAUAUACUCCCGCUCAUCUCCCGCUUCACUUAUGCCAUCUUCUACCAACCGAUUAA